UACGCACUGGGGUUCAUAGACAGUCAAUGGUUUCAACGGACAAGAGGGUCGCCCAUUGCGGUAAAAAAAUAACAAACGAUUUAGACAGGAGUGGUUUCCAUCUGAGUUGACAUCACUGUUCUCUGCAGUAGACCGGAGUUCUAUUUUACUGAAGAGGUAGGUGGUCCACGUAAUCCUUCAACCCAAAGAUGAAUUUUGAGCAGCCCCCUCCAUACCCAGGUGGCCCCAGUGCUCCAGGCUACCCAGCCCAGGGUCCACCUCCUCAAGGCUACCCGGCUCAAGGUUACCCUCCACAGGGAUACCCAGUGAACAUGGAUCAGCCCAAUCCAGCCUACCCCAACUACCCUGCAGGAGCAAUGGGCCCUGGAGGUCCUUAUCCUGGCCCGGGCCCUUAUCAGGGGUACCCUGGACAGCAACAGUAUGGCUGGCAGGGGGGACCCCCUCAUGGGCCUAUGUACGGGGAACCACCCAAAAACACAGUGUACGUGGUGGAGGACAGGAGAAGAGACGACACAGCGGACACAUGCCUGACAGCCUGCUGGACAGCUCUGUGUUGCUGCUGUCUCUGGGACAUGCUGACAUAACAUAUUCCCCGAAUGUUCGCUCCUAUUACCCACUUGUCCCCCCAUUUCUGUGCCUCAAGCCCCUUCAUUCCUCCCCCAUCUGCCUUACACCUCACACUUCUUCAGACCCCCCCCCCCCACAAGUCCGAUGCUUGUCUAUAAAUAAAAGCCUUGAUCCCAUACGGACGCCUCCUGAAAAGCCACUAAUUCCUUCUUAAUGUGAAGCCCUCAGCACUGACUGACUGCCUGACCCUGUGCAGGGGAAACUCUGUAGCGGCUUGUAACUGAGCUUCUAAGCAUAACCUGAAUCUCAGGCUCCUCGCUGUAAUCGUACACCAACACACAACAGGUGCACACACACACAACUUAGUUACACAAUAACAUGCAUCCACACACAUGCAGUGUACUUGGAUCUCAGGCUCAUCUAGUGUGAGGCUCUUUGGCACUUUAUGAUGAUUACCUCUGUAAGAUAUCACUCCUGCCUUCCCUCUUAAACAUUGCUUACCCUUCCUAACCUGCACUCAGCUAUGCUACUCCCCGUCGCCAAGGGCAACCCCGUUUCCUGGACUCUGCAUUUCCCACAGGCCGCCAAGACCCUGGCUGAUAAUGAGCCUCAGGGCGCUUUUCAGAUGCUUGAAAUAUAUCCCUUUCAUUUGCACAGAAGUCUCUCUCACUGACGUUUGUCUUCAAGUGAAAUCAUACGACAACAAAUGGAAUGCAUUUUUGAUGAAGACAGUGAUUUAUGUGUGAUUACUGUUCACAUUUGAUGGCCUCGAUGUUCCUUAUUUUCAUGGUGAUCUUGAUAUGAAAAAUUAUUCCAAUAUUAUUUUUAUUACAUACCUUGAGAUAAAACUGAGAAUAUGAAAAAGUUGUGAUUGCUGAACAGAAGAAACCAAAUGACUUGUUUAAACCUUUUUGCUUUGGAUGAGAAUCUUGCAUUAAAAAUAAUUUAUUCCCAUUAAA